AUGCAUCAACUAAACGGAGUUGUUUUUCUUGUACUAUUAUUCAUUGCUAAAUAUCAAGCACAGGAUACAACAACAUCUGUGGAUUGGUAUGGUGACCCAAAUUUAUGUACAGUUAAUUCACCAACUCCAACUACACCAUCAUCUCUAUCACCACCACCAAUGCCGAAAUUCCCAAAUAGAGCUGAAUUUGCUAUAGAAGAAAUAGAUACUUUGCGGCUGUUAAAUGUAACAGUAGGUGCUGAAAUGACUUUACUCGAAUAUCUUUAUGAUUAUGACGCUAAUUCAUUAAUUACGGUGAAAAAUAAAGAUGGCAUUAUCAGUGCUGAAUAUUAUUACUAUAAUGUCCUGAAUAUAUCGACUUAUUUUAGACGAGAUCUUUGUGUUGUAUCAGCGAUUCCAACAAAUGACUCUAUGAAGGGCGAAUCAGCAAUAAAAAUAAACGAUGUAUGGCAUAUUCGUUCAUUGAAUGAAUUUCUUUUAUUUUCAAGUGAUGAUCCAAGUCGAUUAGUUAAGCCAGUAUAUCUUGGUAUCGAUAUAGUACGUGGAAUUUCAGUUCAUAAAUGGCAAAGUUGUUAUGUCGAUAAACCAACUUUUACAACAAAACGACUUAUAUGGACAUUUGCUCAAGAGCAAGUUGAUAUGCCAGGUAAAACUAAUAGUACAUUUCCGGUUCCUAUUCAAGCAAUAAUUAGCGGUUCAAAAGACUUACAAAAUGGUACACAAUUAAUUGAAAUUGAUAAAAUAUAUAAUGUUCUUGCAUAUCGACCGGGUAUUAGGGAGACCAGUGAUGCAUUAUCACCACCAAAAGGUGUUUUUUGUGAAAACCCAGGUCAAACUUUGGUAUCACUUAAAGAUGUAAGUGUUGGUUGGCCAAAUCAUUUUAGUGUUCGUGUUGAAACUUCAACAUCACGUUCAUCACGAUGGGAACGAUUUCAUUUACGUUAUGAUCAAGGUCGUGACGGUAAUUCAAGACGUUUACGUUAUGACUAUAUGCCACCAGGUGCGGAAGAUUUUCGAUCCGUUAUUCACGAUUAUACAGAUAACGUGACUUAUACUAUUGAUCUUCGUGUUGGCUCGUGUACAAUUACAAGUGGUGUAGAAAUUCCUGAUGUUAGUCCUAUUCGUAAUCCAAUAGAAUUUUUUGUUAAACAUGAAGCUUAUUUUAUAUUGAAUCCACCUGAAAAUGCUUGGGAAUUCAAUGGAUUUCGACCAUGUCGUGGCAAUGAUAUUAGAUGUACAAUAUUAACAACAUCAAUUGGUAACUUUCCUCCAAUAGUUGACGUAGAUACUGGCAUGGCAUCAGGUGAAAGUUGGACAGCAACUAAUGUGGAAUAUGGCUGGUCAAUGCGUGCACCAUUUGCUACUGUAUCACCUGACCGACCAGAUAAAUUUAAUUAUCCAGUAAGUUUGUAUUUAAAAAUGUAUCGAUAUCAAGAUCCCGCCAAUCCAUCACUCAAUAGUCUUCUUACUGAAGAUAUUGAAUAUGAAUUUUAUGAAAUGUCUUAUGAUAGAGAUCAAUUUGAUUUUGAUACAAGUUUAUGUUAUCGUGCACUUAAUUAUGAAUAUUUACAUCUUUAUUUUACAUAUAAUGUUGAUAGAGUUGGUGCUUUUGAUAAUAAUGGAUUAAAUCGACGUGAAUUAGGCAGAGAAACACAGAAACUUUUAGCAAGUAGAAUGCAAAUUAAAUCUUCACGUAUAACUGAUAUAGAAAUUGAUCAUGAAGCUGCUGGUAAUCGUGUACAAGUCUUUUUUACUCUUCUUGGCCGCACACCAAAAUCAGGAACACAAUCAGGUUUUGAUGAUAGUGAACCAACAGCCGAAGCUGCAAGUAGUUCUUUAAAAACAGCUAUUGAUGGUGGAAAUUUUCAAGUCAGUUUUACAUUAAAUGAUAGUUCUAUUGUAAAAUUAACAGCUGAUGCUAGUUCAUUAAAGUCUUCGAAACAAUAUAUAUCAAGUCAUCGAGUUGGAAAAAUAGUUUACACUGAAAAAAAUACAGGUGGUUCACCAGCAACAGCUAUUAUUGUUGGAUUAAUUAUUGGUAUUAUUGCAGGUAUUAUUAUAAUAGCAAUUGUUCGAAUUGUACGAAAAGAACCAAUGCCUGCUUUACCAGUGUCAUUAACAAAUCCUUUAUCAAGUUCUAAAACAAAAACUCCAGCCGCUGCUUCAUCAACUACAGAAAAUACUUAA